UAUAAGUUUAUUCUUGAUAUUGAUGUUUCCUCCAUUAUAUCAUUGACUAUAUCUAGCUCAUGAAAUCCAGUCUUAGGUAUAUAGUAGCAUAUUUUUAAAUGUUAAUGAACUAGAAAGUAUAAAAUUAAUACAAUUAGACCAGAAGUGUUGAACUCAUUUUCGUUUUGGCCAAAUAUAAAUUAUGAAUGCUCUUAAAGGGCCAGAAUGUAUUGAUAAAUCCCGAUCACAAACUGUUAAAAUAUUAAUGAAUAUUUAAAAUGUAAUAAUAUUAUUGAACAUCUUUUCAGUUCCUCCAAGAUUUUGCGAUAUUUCUUGAUUUUUAUCUAAUAAACAUCAAAGUGUUUGUGGUACUAAGUUGUAAAUAUUUGCACUUCAAUAUGACAGAAAAUGUGACUUUUUAUUAUUUGCUGUAUAGAUGAUAGACUAUAAUCUGAUAUCAAUUAAAGUUUGAGAAAAAUCUGCAAUACACUCCCAAAUAUUAGCACAAAAUUGAGGGGAUUUGUUGAUUUUGCCUGAAUUUUUACGAGAAUUCUCAAGAAACUGGAGGCAUUGGUUGAUAUAAUUUGGCAGUAAACGAAUAAAAACUGCAUUGAUUUAAUUGAAAACAUGAUAUUUAAACAGACUUAGUGUUUAGUCUAGAAUCUAGAGGGCCUCAUUAAAAGCUAUGGUGGGCCGGAUUUGGCCCAUGGACCACAAGUUUGACACAUGUGAUUUAGGGUGUCUUAUGCUGCGUAAAUGACUCUUUAUGAGCGAUAUUGUUAUGACAGGUUUAAUCCUUUUGUUGAUAUUUUCUCUCAACUGUGUAAUCUUCAGUUUUCUCAUGGCUACUCCUCUUAGAUUUAUUGAAAGUCAAACUGUACACCAGGUACUGUAUGGGAGGACCUUUUGUCUGUCUGCAGCUGAGGACAUUGAUGACCUGUCUGACCUCAGUAGGGAGUGAGGCUCAGGGCCAGAGCAUGAAUAGGCCUUUAGAAAGCGCUGGUGCGAUGGGGAGGCUGCUGACUCAGGGGGCUCACAGCGCGCUGCCCCAGUCCUCAGCCGCCCGUGGACCCAGUCUGGACUCCAAACUCUACAGAGAGCAUGUUAGCUUCCUAGCACACACCAAGAAAAAAAAAAACCUUGAGCUUCCGGGUGUGGAGAAACGAAACAGAAUCAAGGCGUUUCAGAUGCAGAGCGGAGUGGCGCUUAAUGACGAACCCAGCAAAAAAAAUAAGGAUGGCCAGACGAGGGAGCAGGACCACUCUUCUGAAAGCCAUUCCAGAAUUGUUUUUCCAACAUUCCAGUAUAAGAUGAGCUACAGGCGAGUGGGGAAGUGUAUCAUCAUCAAUAACAAAAACUUUGAUGAAAACACAGGGAUGAAUGUUCGCAAUGGGACGGACCGGGACGCAGGUGAGCUGUUUAAGUGCUUCAGGAGCCUGGGCUUUGAAGUCGCUGUUCAUAACGACCAGACAUGUGAGAAGAUGGAGCAACUUCUCACACAAGCCUCAGAGGAAGACCACAGCGACAGCUCGUGUUUCGCUUGUAUUUUGCUGAGUCAUGGUGAAGAAGGCAUGAUCUACGGCACAGAUGCAGCCAUGCCCAUCAAGACCAUCACCUCGCUGUUCAGGGGGGACAGGUGCAAAAGCUUAGUCGGGAAGCCAAAACUCUUCUUCAUCCAGGCUUGUCGAGGUUCUGAAUUUGAUGAAGGUAUCCAGACAGAUUCAGGUCCACCAAACGACACCAUGGAGACCGAUGCUAAUCCAAGACAUAAAAUCCCUGUUGAGGCAGAUUUUCUGUUUGCAUACUCCACUGUGCCAGGAUAUUACUCCUGGAGGAACCCGGGGCGCGGAUCCUGGUUCGUCCAGGCACUCUGUAACGUCCUCAGCGAGUUCGGCAAGCAGCUGGAGAUAAUGCAGAUCCUAACACGGGUCAACUACAUGGUGGCCACCAGUUUCGAGUCCUGGUCGGAGGACCCGCGUUUCAGUGAGAAGAAACAGAUUCCCUGUGUGGUCUCCAUGCUGACCAAAGAACUUUACUUCAACUGAUAUCCUGCCUGUACUGUAAGACAGAGACUCACAGACUGACCAGACCGACUCGACCGGCUGUUUCAGGCGAUGAGCAAGCAGUCGAAGCAUUCAGGGAUGAUUCAGGCCCGACAGGAACCAGCGCUUUUAGAGCAUGCCACUUUGUCUACGUGUCAAGUUGGGCCUGACGACAAGCACUGUGAAAUCAAAAAUAACACACUGAGUUCAUGUGUUUACAGUAAAACCUCCUCUUCAGGCUCCCCCUUGAAUUACUAGUCACAUUUAAGCCGAUUGUUGUCAACAGACAUUGUAAAUUAUAUAUGUAUUAUCUACCGACCCAUAAAAUUAGCUGCCAGUUUUUAUGGGACGGUGGAAUCAUAUCUGAAUAUGUUUGUCCAUUUUACAGAACGUAUUUGUACAGACAAAUAAAUUUUUUAGCUAAUUAGCCCACCUAAAGAAUUACAAAAACAACUACUCUUGUGGAUCUGUUUGUAGCUAACAUUAGCAUUAGCAUGCAGUCACAAAAAGACAUUUAAAUACGCUUCACUAAAACAUGCAAAGCAUUAGUGUUUCACACAUAUAGUUUAAGGCUUUUAUGACUAGUUAAAGCAUUAAUUACUCAAUUAACGGUGUACAUUAAGAUGGAUACAUUCAGAACGUCGUAUAAGUUAAUGUUGAAUGUUUCAGCUGCUCUCUAAUGAGCUCUUAUAUACAGCAGUAUUUUUCAACAGGUCAUGUUUUACAGCAUCAUUACAAUGUGUGAAAAACACUUUGACUCUUAAAAAGCUGCAGUAUGUAACUUUUAUUAAAAAAUAUAUAGUUUUUACAUAUUUUGUGAAAUUAUAAUUAUGUUGUCACUGUAAAAUUUGAGACAAUCUAGUUCCUCUACUUUCUUCCAGUGCUUCCAGUACCAGCUGCAGAAAUAUACCACUCAGUCAGAAACAACCAAUCAGAGCCAGAAGGAGGGUUUUAGCGCUGUCAAUCAUUCAUGUCCCUUUCUCUCCCAGCUAUGGCUGGUUCACCACAACACAGCUUGCCAGGAAUGCUAACGCUAGUGCUCAUAGCCACCAAUGAUGGUGGACAAGCAUUUUUUUUCUGUGACUAAAUUGUUUCUCUGCCAUUAGUCCAUUUAGCAGCAAGUAUAUGAGAUUGAUUGACAGCGUUAAGACUUUUCUUCUGGGUCUGAUCUGUUGCUUUGACUGCAGUUGUAUGAUUGUUUUUUUAAUAAAUAUGGAAAAAACAUUUUUGCAAGGUACAUACUGCGGCUUUAAGGGAAACACAUACCUGACAAAGUAAUGUUUACAGCCUGAAUAAUUUCUGCACAUAAUUUUAUGUAGGUAAAAAAUUGCAGUUUGUAUUUGCUAAAGCGAAUGUCAAGUUUGAACAGAUCCCAGGAGAUUGUCCAGAAACGCCACCCAGCAAAAAUAAUCCUAAACUAACUUUGACAAAAGUUAGUUUAGGAUUCUAGAUCUGAAAAAUGGAGCAGAUUAUUUUCAGAUGUGAAUGUUUUGAAAGUUUCAGCUGUCAGAUUUAGUAGCAGUCAAUUAAAAAAAAAGCUUAAACUCCUCCGAAGUUGUCACAACGCUCAACAACUACAAGUUGGUAGCAACAUGCUAGCAUCCUCAGGUUCCUCACUGUCCCAUCAGAUGUCAUGUUUAAUCUCUUACCUACAUGUGGUGGAUUAGGAGGUGUGAUAUUUUGCUGUGUAGUGAUUUUGUUCUAACUUUGAAUCAAGCAUGAAGCACAAACAGUUUCAAACCCAAAUAAGUGAGAUUUGUGUAAUUAAUUAUCAUUAACCUGAUCGUUUAUUUAUUCAAAAGGGUCCAAAAAAUCAGUUUGGGGAUUUUCUAUUCUUUUUUAUCAUUAUUUUUAUGGAAUUACAUCUAAUUCUAUUAAAUUAAAUAUCAUUUAUUUUAUUUAUUAUGAAAUAAUAGAAUAAUUUUGUUUUGGCAGUUUUCAGAACGAAAAUGUCAAUUCAGAACGACUAAGCGCUUGAACCGGACUGAGACCUGGAGGACACUUCACAUCAUUUUACUGUAUAUGAGUGUUGUACACCGUCUUCACUUACACUGUUUUGUAGUUUACAGAUAUUUUUAGCAAAAACAAACACUUCAAACAAAAAAUCUUUGAAGCAUUUGUACACUUUGAGUGUUUAAAAUAAGCAUCAAGAAUUGAUUGUUAUUGGUAAAAUAAAUAUUUCGAUACAUAAACAUGACAUUUGUUGGUUGUUAAAGUCACAGACGCAGCUAUUUCUGGCUAAUAACUAACCUAUAUUUACACAAUCCACUAUUCUACAAUAUGUACUCUUAUUUUUUGCUUUAUUAUUACUCUUUGUGGUUGCAUGUAUUGGUAAAAAUGAUGGUGGAAGGAAAUCAUAUGUGCUUUUAUUAUUCUGCUUUUCUCUUUUCCUCUGUAUUUGUAUUUAUUUUGAUAUCAUUAGCAUAAAUGCUACAUGUGUGCAAUCAGUGCAGUUCUUUGACCUCUGAUCAGUCAUUUGGUGUCAGGACUGAGCUGGAGCGAAUGCUUGUUCCCCUUGUUUUGAAAUGAAAACUUAAAAAAAACAACAAAAAAAACAACUUCAAUAAGAUGUUUGUUUAAAUGCUUUCCAGUUUUUAAAUGCUGUGUUCCUCAGGAAUAUAUUUGAAAAGAUUUGAAUUUAAACGCAUGAUUUGGUCAAGUUGUUUUUGGACAAUUCAUUGUUUAAAUAACUUGAAAACGGAGGAAUGCUUCAGUAAUUAAACAUGAAUUUAUUGUGUAAUGAA